AUGGCUGACUUGGAUCACAACCUCAGUCUUGCGGAUGCUCUGACAGAGCCACCUCCUGAGAUUGAGGAAGAAGUGAAAAGGGACUUCAUUGCCACUCUGGAAGCGGAGAAAUUCGACGAUGUGGUUGGUGAAACAGUAGAUAAAACAGACUACGUUCCUCUGCUGGAUGACGACGAUGCAAAACCUGGGAGCCAGGAACCCAAAAGCAAACCCCAUGCAGAUGGUCUUCAGGUGGAACAUACUUCAGCUUCUGGGCCAACAGUUGUAGAAAAUGGCGACCAUGGAAUAGAAGACCACCGCACAGUAUUCCCAGGAGAAAUCAUGGAUGAAAAGCUGUCUUACAAAGAAUUUCUCGACCGCAAUGAGUCCUGGACGAUGGAUGACAGAGACCUGUGCUUUGAGGCGCAGCCCGUGUUCAGACCCAUGGAGAUGGCUGCACCGCAUGGAUCUAUGGUGGCACCUGAACAACCUUUCUUGGGGCCCAUGUAUUCUCCUGCAGAGGCUCUGGACCCAUCAGCCUUCAUCGGCCUGGAUUCAGCUACAGAAUUCCUGCAAGACAGAGCAGUGCCUGAAGAACACUGGAUGGGAGCUCAGCACGAUGCGAAGGGACCGGAUGCCUCUUUCUUUGUGGAGUCACCAGUGCCCCCCACGGCCACCGAAGCGAUAAAGCCGAGUUUCCCAGAAAGCCCCGCAGCAGUGGCUCCUGGAUUCGUUCCUACGACAGCAGCAGCGUCCCCAGGAGAGGCUGAAGCUACUGAUGGACCAAAAGUUGCGGCGUCAGCAGAUGCAGCGUGUGUGCCUGCCUCAGAAGUCGAGUCUGUCUGUGCAGAAAAAGCUGAGGCCGUUCCUGCAGGAGACACCAAGCCUUCGCAAGCUCCGGGUGCUGGGUUUGCACCUGCAGCAGAAGCCAGCCCUCUGCAGGCUACGGACGUUGGGUUUGCUCCUGCGCCAGGGGCCAAGCCUCCCAACGCUGUCAGUGAUGCCUCCACCCCAGCGGCAGAUACCGGCUUCACCCCGGCAGCUGGUGCGACGUCCCGUUAUGCUACGGAUUUGGAGUUUGCCCCAGGAGAAGAUGCGGGGUUUGCCCCAGCAGAAGAUGUGGAAUCUCACCAUGCUAUGGGUUUGGCUUUUACCCCAUCAGAAGAUGUGGAAUCUCCCCAUGCCAUGGAUUUGGCUUUUGCCCCAGCAGAAGAUUUUGGCCCUGCAGCAGAAGUCGGCCAUCAUCACGCUGUGAAUUUGGGCUUUGGUCCUGUAGCAGAAGCCAAGCCUCUUCCUGCUGUGGAUUCUGGGUUUGCCUCUGCCGAAGCGAAGUCCACCUCUACAGCUGACGCCAAGAUUGCUGCAUCUGCAGAGCUGCUGCCAUCCAAGUCUUCUCCUGAGCAAACCAAGUCGCCCUUCGACAAGCCCCCGGCAGAAGGAACUGCAAAUGUGGAACAAGAACCGAAAGUCCCCGAAGCUCGCGUUGACCUGCUGGAGAAGGCUGAAGACAGGCGACCACCUCCCAGCCCCCGUGAAGACCAUCUUCCAGAGCAGACCAACCAUCUUCCGGAACCGGCAGUUCCAGCAGAAGCAAAAGAAGCCGUCGCACUAGAAAACAAAAACCACCUUCCAGAAAAAUCCGUUGCUACCGUGGAUGUUGCUGUUACAGAGAAACAGAAGGAGGAGGCUGAACACAACCACAUCCAGCACGCAGAACCUCAGCAAGAAAAAACCCUGCGAGAGCAGACAGGUCUACCUACUGCACAAGUCAGGCAAGCUAACAAAUCGAGUGACCGCAGGUUUGGCAGAGCGAAACCUGCACCCGAGGAACGUCUCGUAGGUGUCCCACGAGAGAAGAGUACUGACCCAAAAGUAGACCCCUGUUCUGUAGUGGAACUUGGACGUGUGGCUGGAGCGUCCCCUCGCACUAGGGUUGCACGUAAAAAGGCGACUGAGCAGGCGGUCAAUGCGCCGUCGGAGUUUGGGGAGAGCUGCAGAGACAUCCCAAGGGAGAGCUGGGAGCUGGAAGGUUCUCUGGCCGUUGCGAAGAAGAAGAAGAAGAAACCAAAACAAAAGAGAAACCAGCUGCCAAGAGCAGUGGAGUUCUGGGAUGAAAACGUAAUGGUCUCCAAAGCUCCGAGAAGUUCUCCCUUUGCUGUUGAAUUCCAAAAACCAGCUGUCUGUCCCGUCAUGCCCGCUGAAGCUCGCAGAGAGCAGUCGGUCGCCUCAGGGAGCGGAGCUUCAGAUGUGCCAAGGGAUUCUAAAAUAACAUCUGGAGGUCAGAUUCUGGAGGAGCAAAACGCCUUCUCGGUGCCAGCACCAGGACUGCAGGCCCGAAAACCCAACGCGCCCUUGGAAUCCGUGUUGGAUGCAAACAGUGGAGACGUGGUGAGAGGAGAAGAAAGGAGAGGCGACGACUUGAUGUUGCAAUCUUACGGCGAAAGAAAAGAGGUUCCCUUGCAGCAGCGAUCCAGCUGA